AAUGGACAGCUCCCCGGAUGCGGCUGUGAUUGACUAUACCAGGCAAAAAGAGAUCGAAAGCCAAGUGGCGGUGCUGCAGCCCCAGUGGUCGUAGGCAGGAUGCAGACCAUAAAGUGUGUGGUGGUGGGUGACGGGGCAGUCGGUAAAACCUGCCUGCUCAUCUCUUAUACCACCAAUGCCUUCCCCGAAGAGUACAUUCCAACCGUGUUUGACAACUACAGCGCUCAGAUGAGCGUAGACGGCCGCACUGUCAGCCUCAACUUGUGGGACACAGCGGGCCAGGAGGAGUAUGACCGCCUGCGCACACUCUCUUAUCCCCAGACCAAUGUUUUUAUCAUCUGCUUUUCAAUUGGCAGCCCCUCUUCCCAUGCCAAUGUCAGGCACAAGUGGCACCCUGAGGUGUCCCACCACUGCCCUAACGUACCCAUCAUGCUGGUGGGCACCAAGAGGGAUCUGAGGGGCGAUGCCGAAACGGUGAAGAAGCUGAAGGAGCAGGGCCUGGCUCCUACCACCCAGCAGCAGGGAAACGCCCUGGCCAAGCAGAUUGGGGCUGUUAAAUACAUGGAGUGUUCUGCUCUGCUGCAGGAUGGUGUCAGGGAGGUGUUUGCUGAAGCUGUGAGGGCAGUGUUGUAUCCAGUCACGAAAAAGAACCCGAAAAAGUGUGUGCUGUUGUAAUAAAUGGUUCCCAGAUUUGGACUGUAGAGAGGGAUGAUGAAGAUCCACAGGAGCAAAGGAAGGAUGAGGAAAUGAACGUCGUCACCUGUCUGCCUCCAUACCACGCCUGGCAGUUUAGACUUUGUUUUCAACUCCUCUGUUAUUCUUCUCUUCCUUAUUCAUCUCCUGGAGGGUUUCACUCCGUUGUCAUCAUCACCAAAGUGACUAUGCCAGAAUGGGGGCAACAGACCGAAUCUCCUAUUUUUCUUACAAUUUUAACUUUUGAUAUUUACACUUUUCUCCAAUUUUACAUCUGUUCUAGAUUUAUAGCUUCUCUGCUUUGCCUUGUAAAAUACUGAUCAAGGUUGUUUCAAGCCAUAACAACAUCCAAACCAACCAACCAACCAAGCUACCCUGUUUGACUGGAGAGAAGAGAUCUGCCUUUUGUUUUAGGUGGAGAAAUAAUGACUACCUCGUACUCUCACCUAGGUUGCAUCUCACGAGUCUCAAGCAAAGUCGCCAACAAAAUGCUUGCAUAUUUAGAUGUAAUGAGUAGAGGGUGAACACGUUUUAAUUUCAAGCAGCUUGAGUCCAGAAAUAGUGUGAUGACUCCUGGACAAUUGCCAGUACCCCUUGACCAAUAUGCACAGAUUAGAGGUUAAAUUCUGGAGCUGCAAUUCCCUCUUGUGCUCAGUCUGGCAUGUUAGAGCUGUUUUGGCAGGCUGCCCUUCCACCCUCUUGCACUGCUCUCUCACUGCCAUGCAUGGAAGAGUCAGUAGGCCUUUGAAGAUAAGCUGUACCCGUUGAAAGCAGCCAACCAUUUGCGCUCUUCAGUAAUAGAGGAGCAGGUGUCAUAAGGCCUCUGCCAAAUUAACCCACAUUGGUACAGGAUUUUUCAACCUGGCAUAUCAGGGAGUCAGGUUGUAGUACAGCUUCUCUGUCUCCAUCCCAACUCUUGAGCCUCACACGGAGUGCCAUUAAAACAUGCCUAAGAAUUUCCUUUUUGACCGAGUGGGUCAAAGAGACUUUAUUUUGUCUAAUUAUGUUGAAUUUACUCUGUAAAUGAUUUUUUUUCUCAAGUGUUUUUAACCCACGAGUGCGGUUAUGGCCAAAGUUGAAUAUAUAUUUUUUGUAAUAGCUUAUGUUUAUUUGAUCAGUAUGAUGUUGUGUGUAGUUAAUACUCAUAUUUGAUAAACCACAUCUCCAUAAUGCUCCCUUUGUCCUUUACAUUAUAGCCUUACAUUUAAGGUCAACAGACUUAUGACCACUUCCUAAUUAAUUCAGUACAGCAUAUAAUAACUGAAUAUGUUUUAACUGGCUUAGCUAGGCUUUAUACACCAGCCUUUUUCACUAUAUUGUUUUGGUUGGUCAAUAAUGAUUUCAUCUGGGAAGAAGCAACACAUUGUAGCUGCCUUGUUGAUUCUUCUACCAUUUACCAGAAGUUUAUCCACAAUACUUAUGGAGCCUUUUAUUUGGUCAGGUGCCUUAUCCAAACCAAAGACCAUAGUCUUGCUCCUUUUCAACCCAAAGCUUAAAGCUCCAGGGUGACGCAAGUGCCACACAACCUUUCAAAUCCAGGUUGAACCACCUCUGGGUUUCAUUUUUGUAAUUUAAAAAAGCUUUCUGCCAGUAAACACAUUCUUCCUGCAGCCCUCUUUGUAAGACACAGGUGCUAAACUGACAUCUCGCUCUGCAAGUCUAUGCAUUUGUGAAACAGAGCUGGAGGCCCGCAGCUCUUACAGAAUGUGGUUCACAUCCCUGCAUUGCGUACCGCAAGUGAGGGCAAGGCACAAGCACGACCUGCACAUUCGGUUAGCAAGAGCUGCGUUGGUGGAACGUGCCUUGCCACAUCUGAAGAUUUUUAUACAUUUUAUAAUCUAUUUUUUUAGUAAUGACUGGUUGCUCCUUUGUGCUUUCAGCUGCCAGUAAUAACAGCAACCCUUUUACUGAAGUUAUUUUCCUUUUCUCACUCGAGCUGGGUGAAUAAUGAGUAAACCUUUAUUGUGGCCUGUAAAGUCUAAAUUAACAGAAGACGCGACACGAGCAGUAGAUGUGUUUAACAACGGUGAUGCGGUUUGAGAUCUGCCAAAGGAUGUUUGAGAAUGUCCCAGAUCUGUGUGUGGAGGGUUGAACGUAAGUGCACAAUGUCAACCUGUCGAUUGUGGUGAGCUUAUUUCUUUGUCCUGAUUUCACUCGGAUGAUGCUGUUGAAGUGGAACGUACACCUGUGGGCUCCCUUCUGUGAGCUGUAUGCUACCGUGUGCGUGGUACUACGCUUUUACACUGGGAACUUGAUUUGUAGAAAUCUGUUUGUAAUUGUUUUAUAUAUAACAAAAGCAUAUUUGUAUAAAUGAACUAACAGUGAAAUGAUUUUUAAAUUAUGCCAAAUAAAAUGGUGGUUAAAACCAGAAAAUA